AUGGAUACUCAUUACGUCGCAAAUGGCAGGCCAGCAUCAUCCUCGGACGCAAUAAUUGAACUUAACAAGCUUCAUGGCACAUUUCACAAUUCGGAUCAGGUCGGGCAAAGCAUGUUCCGAAGCUGCCGUGAAGCUAGUGAAGUUGGUUCCGUAUUGGGAAUCAGCGCGGAAAAAUCAUCACGUACUGUUCUUCAUUACUCAUCCCGGAAAACCCAAUUUACCUCGCCGCGUUGUGGUGAUGUCAGCAAGUAA